CAAAGAAACACAGUAUGUUUAAAAAGAUCCAUUCCAUAUUUCACCCCAACUCCCACCGAAGAAAUGCAACAGAUGACAUUCCUUACUGGGAUGGCACAGGUUCUGCUGUCAGGCUGAUCCGCAGCACCUCUAUGUAUGUCCUUGGAGAUGAGCAGGAAAAAGUGAGUGAACCAUUAAAAAAAUGCAAAAGUACAAACAGCAUUGACUCCUGCAGCCAGUCAAAAGAGGAAGACAGAGAGUGGAUGUACUCUAAGACUCAGGACUGCUUGAAAUACUUACAGGACUUGUUAGCCUUGAGGAAAAAAUACUUUGACAACAUCAAUAAGUUGAAAUCCAUGCAUAUGACUGCAGAUUCCCCAACAUCCACAAAAUCAUCCAAAACUGGAAAGAAGUCAUUUCUUCCACUUUCCUCCAAAGAGUUUUCUAAGACAUCCAUGGAGAGAAGAAAAGUCCCACAGCCCAGUUCAGAUGUAAGAGAAGCUAUAGCGUUCUUUGACUCAGUUAUUGCAGAUCUGGAUUCAGAGAGAUGCCGGAGAGCUCCUGACAUGGACCUGCCAAAUGUGGAUGUUGAUUUUGAUGUGGCUACCAGCACAAGUGAACACAGUUUACAUUCAAACUGGAUCCUUCGUGCUCCUCGCAGGUACUCAGAAGAUACUGCCCAAACAGCAAAGGCUGCAAACCAGUCACAAAAAAACAGCCAACGAAGAACGACUGGCUCUAGGAAGAGGUUGGAAAGACAUCCUAUGUACUUGCCCAAAGCUGUGGAGGGAGCAUACAACACAUUAAAAUUUAAGCCCAAAACACGAAAGAAAGAAUAUUGA